AUGGGCCUAUGUACAAAGGGAAACGUUACUCUGCAGCUGAAAGAAAAGUGUCGUCCAGUUUUCUGCCCUAAACGUCCAGUUGCGUACGCUAUGCUGGAUGCAGUCGACAAGGAACUGGACCGGCUGGAGAAGCUAGGAGUCAUCACACCGGUCGAUUUCUCUGACUGGGCCGCACCAAUUGUCGUCGUGCGGAAAGCAAACGGUCAGAUAAGGAUCUGCGGAGAUUACUCGACCGGUCUCAAUGGAGCCUUGCACCCCCAGGAGUACCCGCUUCCACUACCAGCAGAUAUUUUCGCCAGGCUAGGUAAUUGCACUCAUUUUACACAAAUAGAUUUAUCGGAUGCUUUCCUUCAGGUCGAAAUUGCUGAGCAGAGUCGGAAGUUUCUAACCAUCAACACGCAUAAAGGGCUUUACUCCUACAACCGACUACCACCGGGCAUCAAGGUAGCUCCUGCGGCUUUUCAACAGUUGAUGGACAAAAUGCUCAUUGGAUUGCGGGGAGUUUCCAGUUACAUGGAUGAUAUCAUUAUCGGAGGUAGGAAUCAGAAAGAACAUGAUGAUAUUUUAAAUGAAACGCUCGCUAGAAUUCAAGAUUAUGGUUUCACAAUUCGCGUAGAAAAAUGUUUUUUUAAUGAGAAGCAAAUACGGUAUCUAGGGCACAUAAUCGAUAAUCAAGGCAUCAGACCAGAUCCGGAAAAAGUUAAAGUUAUAACCAAUUUGCCAGCACCAUCAGAUGUCAGUGAAGUAAGGUCAUUCCUCGGAGCAAUCAAUUAUUAUGGGCGCUUUAUUCCAAAUCUACGAAAUUUGCGGUACCCACUGGAUGCACUACUAAAAGAAGGGAGAGAAUUUGCGUGGACUGCAGAAUGCCAGAAAGUUUUUGAAAAAUUCAAGUCAGUAUUGUCUUCAAACCUAUUAUUAACCCACUAUGAUCCGCGACUUGAGAUAGUGGUAUCAGCUGAUGCGUCUUCCGUUGGUCUGGGAGCAACUCUAAGUCACAAAUUUUCUGAUGGCAGUAUGAAGGUUGUACAACAUGCAUCACGAUCUCUUACAAAAGCCGAGCAAAGAUACAGUCAAAUCGACCGGGAAGGGCUAGCUAUCAUUUUCGCAGUGACCAAAUUUCAUAAGAUGAUAUUUGGUCGGCAUUUCCGUCUUCAGACAGAUCACAGGCCUCUGCUAAGAAUAUUUGGAAACAAGAAAGGUAUUCCUGUUUACACUGCAAACAGGUUACAGCGUUUUGCCCUUACGCUUUUAAUGUACGAUUUUGAAAUCGAAUAUGUAACCACGGAGAAAUUUGGAAAUGCCGACAUCCUAUCAAGAUUGAUAAGCGAGCACAGCAAGCCAGAUGAAGACUAUAUAAUCGCCAAUUUGGAGCUAGAGAAGGAUGUAAAAUCAGUAGUCAUCAGCAACAUCUCAUCCCUACCAAUCAAUUUUACGGAAGUAGCCAAACAAACGGGAAAAGAUUCAAUUUUAUCAAAGGUACUACAUUUUACACAAAACGGUUGGCCACAUAAUACUAUUUAUACAGGAGAAUUAGCAAGUUUUUAUGCAAGAAGGGAAGCGUUAUCAGCAGUGGAUGAGUGUUUAUUAUUUGGCGAGAGAGUCAUAAUUCCAAACAGCCUUCAGGAACGAUGCCUCCGACAGUUCCAUCGUGGCCAUCCUGGCAUUCAAAGAAUGAAAUCGUUAGCUCGUAGCUACGUAUAUUGGCCAUCCAUCGAUAAAGACAUAAGCGAAUGCGUAGCCUCUUGUGAGAGGUGUCAAGCUGUUUCAAAGUCACCUGCUCAUUCAACUCCUAUUCCUUGGCCUAAACCUUCAUCACCAUGGCAGCGUGUGCAUAUCGAUUACGCUGGCCCUCUGGAAGGGGACUAUUUUUUAAUUGUCGUGGAUGCAUACUCAAAAUGGCCAGAGAUUGUAAAAACAUCAAGCAAUACGGCAUCGGCGACUAUAGCAAUUCUACGAGGAAUAUUUUCACGUUUUGGAAAUCCAGUCACGCUUGUAAGUGACAAUGGCACGCAGUUUACUAGCGAGAUUUUUGCUGAUUUUUGCGCUCACAAUGGCAUAGAACAUCUGAGAACAGCACCAUUUCAUCCUCAGUCAAAUGGCCAGGCUGAGAGGUUUGUAGACACGUUCAAGAGAUCGAUGAAAAAGAUUAGUGCAGAAGAUACAUCACUUCCGGAGGCAUUGGACAUAUUUUUACAAACCUAUCGAUCGACUCCAAAUCCGUCCACAGAAGAAAAGAAAUCACCAGCUGAGCUCAUGUUAGGUCGUAAAAUGCGAACAACUUUGGAUCUGCUUCGUCCUACCUUAAAUCCAUUUAAACACAGUGUACCUGAGAAGGUGAGAGAGUUGUCCUGCGGAGAUUUAGUGUACGUCAAGACAUACAGCAGAAACAUUUGGAAAUGGGAGCCAGCAGUCAUAACCGGAAGAUGUGGCAACGUUAUGUAUGAAGUUGUAACCGGUGAUCAACGUACACUUCGAAGGCAUGUAAAUCAAAUGCGUAGGCGUAACGGAAAUCAGCAGCAUCAGCAGAGCCGCUCUUCGAAACCCUUAGCUCUGGAUGUAUUUCUGGAUUCAUGGAAUGUAAUGCACGAGCCACCACCGUUGCUUGACGAUCAGUGCACUCCAUCACCUGUUCAGGCGCCACCGUUAUCGUUAUCAUUGGCUCCAACAACGUGUCUUCCAUCACCGAGUUGUUUGUCACCAUCGUCAUCGUCGACUCCACCAUCGUCUACAAUACCGCCUGAGUCUGCUAUCACAUCGUCUGCGUCCUCGCCAUCGUCAUCGUCCAAUUCGGGUUCAGUCUACACUUCCUGUUCACCUACAUCACCUGAAGAGUCUCCAACAGAUGAACUAGAUGACCACAAGGAAGAAGAACAGCUGGUACAAGUACCACGUAGGUCUUCUAGAAAUAUAAGACCCUCACGUUGGUUGGACCAGUACCAGCUAUAUUAACAGGGGGAGAUGUUGUGGACGGAAUCAAAGUUGCGCAACAUUGUGCUCUGGGCCGCUCGCUACGUGCGACGGUUUUCAGACGCUAGAGCUGUCAACAACCACGUGCAGCUAAAGGGCGCAGCCAUCGCGAUCCUUCCGAGGACCGAGGUCGGGACGACGACCUCGGGGUGACCGUUGACAUACACUUCACUGCAGGCCAUCCGCGAUAAGAGGUGCGAGCGCGAGCAUUAGGGACUAGCGGGCGUAUAGGUUUUUUGUAUGUAAAGUUUUAUUGCGUUGUACAUCGUUAUUGUAAUAUAGUGUUUUAAGUACUUUUUA